GCCAUUGAUCCCCAAGACGGGUGGCUCCCUCGCUCGCCUUCCACUCCCAGCCGGUGGGCUUGCCCCGAAUCCAAGACUCUGCGCGCAUCCAAGACGCCCCGCGGCCCCGGAUCCUCGCCUGGCCUCUGUGGAGGGAUUUCACUCCGCCUCAACGCCCUCCUGGGGAGCCGGGGUCGCCUGCCGGAGCCGAGCUCUUCGCUGCGCCCUGAAAUUCGCUUUGGGGCACGGGGGAGGCGCGGCUGCAAGCGGACCAGUUGCCUUCCCGUUUAGGGAAGUUCUUCUUUGCACCCCCUCCCCUAAAAAAAGACAGUUCCCCCCUCCCGCGAAUAGUCUUGGGACGCAACCGAUGCUGCGCCGGGAUCCAGACCGACGGCAGCUGGAGAAGGGAGCUCCCAGCCUCUCGGGGUUCCUUCGGGAGCGCCCUCGACGUCUUGGCUGGACUGGAAGGGUCGCUCCGCUCCGCUGAUGGGACCCCCGCACCCUUUCCCCCCUCCCGGGGCUUGAAAAGUGUUCCUUAAGAGUAGCCCCCAUAAGAUCCGCGCUCCAGAGAGGAGGGAGACAGGGGGAGAGAGCAGACCCACCCCCCACCCCCCGGCUGACUGGACUCCUCUUUGACAGGUGGUAGGGAGUUGGAAGGGGGGGGGGGGUUGCCAGAGUUGGGGCGGGUGGGAGGGGGCGGGUGCAGCUCUGGUGCCUUGUCGGUCCCUAGGAGGGGGGGGUCUGAGGCCAGCCACCCCCCUUGGACUCCCGGUGGGCAAACUCUGGCUUCCCCCAGGAGGCGCCGUUGAUGGCCCUGCAAGCCGGGACAGCUCGGCUUGGGCAGGUCUGGCGUAGAGUCCGCCGGCUGAGAGGUCCUUGGGCGAGGCGGUCCAGCAGCCUCUUGUGCCUGUCCGCCUCCCAGGAGUCCGAGCAGGGAGGCGGCGAGCGGCGAGGGCCGUUUCAGCACCACGGACAGCAGCCCCCGGGGCGGCUCAGCCUCCGCCGCCCCCUCCCGCUGGCCUCAGCCGGCAGCUGCUUCUGCCGCACCCUGUCGGACCCCCAGGAGGCCAGGGGGGGACAUGGUCCCCUCCGAGGGGCCUUGCUGGCGGCCAUGAAGAGGCAGAAUGUGCGGACCCUGUCCCUCAUCAUCUGCACCUUCACCUACCUGCUGGUGGGGGCCGCCGUCUUCGACGCGCUGGAGUCCGACUACGAGGUGCGGGAGGAAGAGCAGCUGAAAGCCGAGGAGACCCGGCUCAAGGGGAAGUACAACAUCACCCAGGAGGAUUACCAGCAGCUGGAGCUAAUCAUCAUGCAGUCCGAGCCCCACCGGGCCGGGGUCCAGUGGAAGUUUGCGGGGUCCUUCUACUUCGCCAUCACGGUCAUCACCACCAUCGGAUAUGGGCAUGCGGCCCCCGGGACCAACGCUGGGAAGGCUUUCUGCAUGUGCUACGCAGCCUUGGGCAUCCCUUUGACGCUGGUUAUGUUCCAGAGCCUCGGCGAACGCAUGAACACCUUCGUCAAGUAUCUCUUGCAACGGAUGAAGAAGUGCUGCCGGAUGAGGAGUACGGACGUCUCCAUGGAGAACAUGGUGGCCGUCGGCUUCUUCUCGUGCAUUGGGACUCUUUGCAUCGGAGCGGCGGCCUUUUCCCAGUGCGAGGAGUGGACUUUUUUCCAGGCCUUCUAUUACUGCUUCAUCACAUUGACUACUAUCGGGUUUGGGGAUUACGUCGCCCUUCAGUCGAAAGGAGCCCUCCAGAAGAAGCCGCUGUACGUGGCGUUUAGCUUUAUGUACAUCCUGGUGGGAUUGACAGUCAUCGGGGCCUUUCUCAAUCUGGUUGUUCUCAGGUUGUUCAUGAACAUCGAGGAAGAGAGGCGGGAGGCCGAGGAGCGGGCGUCCCUGGCCGGGAACCAUAACAGCAUGGUCAUCCACAUCCAAGAGGAUUCCCAGCACGGCCGCCCACGGUACAAAGCGGAGGUCACGGACCUCCAAUCCGACUGCUCUUGCAUGUGCUACAGAUCCCACGAAUACACCAGCCGGGUGGUGUCCCACCAAAACUCCUUCAGCUCCAAGCUGAACCUCCAGUACUUUCACUCCAUCUCUUACAAGAUUGAGGAGAUCUCUCCAAGCACAUUAAAAAACAGCCUUUUCCCAUCUCCCGUCAGCUCCAUCUCACCUGGUUUGCACAGCUUUACAGACUGCCGGAGGCUCAUGAGACGGCGGAAGUCCAUUUGAGAAGCCCCUCAUUUUGGGGUUUUUUUCGGGGGGGGGGGGUGUCUUUUAUUCCUAAGCUUGUUUUUAAAGAGAAAAAAAAUCCUUCAAGUGAGCCAGAGUGAGGAUAAAGAGGGAUAAAACAAAGGGGAGGGGGGGAGACAACACCCCUCUGAGACUCAGCUCUGGAGCAUGAAGCAUGGAUGAACCCUUUUCCCAGCAACGUAUGCCUUACAUUUCCCCCCCCCCUUUGGUAGCUGGUAGUUUCGAGGUGACAGGAAGUGGGUAUCCAAAUUCCAAAGUUGCACACAUAGUCGGGAGCCUUCAGGUGCCACGGGGCACUUUUAUCCUCAGAAACUAUUCUCCCCCCCCCACUCCUCACAAGCAGGUUGCUGUGUGUGUGAGCACAGGUGUGUAUGUGUGGGUGGAGCAUGUGGGAAUGGGUGCACACGCACAAUUCCGCAAGCAGUGCCAUGCGACUAACAAAAGUCUUAAUCGGGGCAUCAGGUGUCGGGUUAUAAUUUCCCUUUCUUCUUUUUUUUUCCCUGUCUGUUUUCUUGGUCUGCUUUUUGGCUUCCAAAAGAAGGGGGAAGGGGGGGAAGGGAAGGGGGGGAAGGAAGCUGCAAUUAUUAUUAUUAUUUUGGUUUGCUGAAUCAAGCAUGCGCCAUAAACAAUCAAUAUUUCGAGUGUAUCAUGGUAUUUUUUAAACGCUAGAUUUUAUUAGAUUGUAUUAACAUUAAGGGGGGGGGGAAGGAACAAGGCAGGAAAGAAAGACUGCUUUUGCUUGCCAGGUCAGAUCCUUAAAAAUAUAUAUAUUUAAAAAUACAGCAUGCGUUUUGUAAAACCGGUAUGCAUUUUGAAAACUCACACGAGGAACACGAGGAACCUAGUGACAGAACUGCUCGAGGAAACAAAAGCAAAUAACUUGGGUUUUUUUUAAAAAAAACACAGUUGCUUUAACCCUUUCUUACAGUUUUGACAAUUUGCCACAAUCGUAGAGAUUUUUAGGGGGGAACGGUUGCAAUUAAAGAGUGUCUAUUUUUAUUAUU